AUGUGUUAUUUAGUACUUGACGGACUCACUGAAUUAUCAAAGAAGUGGAGCUGGGAUAUAACGAUGACUAUUCUCAGUCAUGCGAACAUCUAUCUUGGUGUGUGCUUAAGAUAUUGUUUUGACCACGCGGUUGUUAUGACGACAGGGAGGACGCGUGGCUCAGUAGUGCCUGGUCUCCGCCACCACAAAGAAGGCUGUAUCAUCGUCCUUGUAUUCUGUGUCAGCUGCUUUCCUUGCCCCUGGGAGAUGGAGGGCCCUGCGGUGGUGCAGGCUGUGGAGGAGGUGGGUCUGGAUAGUGCCCGGCAAGAGGUGGCAGCCCCGAGGGAAACCACCACCUUCACAGGCCUCGUACCCCACACCCAGGCCAGAGACGUGAGGCCAGGUAACCGUCCCUACAGUGCCGUAGACGUGACUGGGAUGCGGGAAAGGCUGGUGAGGGCAGUGUCCCCGCUGCAGACGGUGGAGGAGGCGCGGGCGGGAGAGUUUACGCCUACUCGCUGGUCGGGUCACCACCUGGACCGCCACACCCAUGCACAGGAUCUCAUGCAGCGCUCAGAAAAGCUGCGGGGUCGGAGCCGACACACGGAGACCUAUACGGAGGAACGCACCCAGUCAGCGGAGAACUCGGUGACUCAGGGGCUGGACCAGCGCCUCGCCUCUACCCUGGAGCUCCGCACACACCUCCACCACGCCAUCAACAACACCAUAGACGAACUGGCACUCCAGAACACCAUGAAAUCGCGGUUGCAGGUGGCCCUGUUUGCGCUGGAGCUGCCGGAGAGGAACAAUGAAGAGUGCAUCCACAUACGGAGAUUUCGAUACGGUGUGGACAGGACGCGAGACCCGGUGGUGUUUGCUCUCGACAAGGAGAAGGAGACGCUGAGGACGGGUCGCAGCCUCCUGACACAGACGCUGAAGGAGACGGAGGCACAAAUCAGUCGCCUGCUGGAGGUCAAAAGGCUAUUGGAACAUGAUUGGUCUGACAAACAGGAAGCAUUUCAGCUGGACCACUUCGCAGCCAAACUAGCCAAUGACCGCGUUAAGGCUCAGUUUAAGGCGGUGUCAGCUGCGCUGAACGAGGGAGUCUCUGUGCCAGACACGUGGAGUCUGCGCAGCAAGGAACACCUGGAUGUGUGUCGCAGGGAGAUAACGACGGGGAGUCAACUAAGGGGUGCUGCUGAUCAGGCGCUGCGGGACGUGGCGAGGGACGCCGAGGACACGGCAGAGGCGGUGGACGUGGCCCUCAACAUACGCAUCGCUGAGCUGAACGAAGCCAAAGGAAGACUUACGGAGAAGGACGGCAUGCUUCGUCAAGAGAUAGCACAGGAGGAGGUGAGCAUCGCGUCGCUGCGCCAGGCCCUGCAGGACAAGGAAUCGCCCCUGCAGGUGGCGCAGAGCAGACACUGGACGCGUUCCUUCAGGCCUGGUGCUGAUCGCUGCCUCGACCAGCCCCACUACAGUCUGAAGGACGAACUUCAGGAGUUGCCGCAGAGCAUCGCGUCCCUGCGAGAGCGGUUGAGGGCUAGCGAGGACACCCUAGAGGACCUGCACCGCCUUCAUGAGGACUUCGCCAAGGAUAUCCUCCACCGGGAACACACCCUGAGCCUGGAGCGUCGAUGCGUCACCGUCAGAAGUGUGAGACAGACACAAGAGAAGUUGCAGGGACUGUGAUGUGAAGAAUGGGAGUGAUGGAAGACGUAAGGGUCAAACAACUGAUGAUGACUCGUGCAGACCGUCAAUGAGUCUGUUAAUGAGUUUUAAUGUUAGUCAGUCAGUCAGUCAGUCCGGGCAGGUGCACAAGCAUGGUGUCAGUCACCUAAUAGUGUCACAGUAGUUAGUAGUUACCAGUCAGUUUGUAUGUAAAUCAGUGGGUCAUAUCGUUAAUUCAUACGUCAUUCAAUUUAUCAUUCUGUUAGUCAGUCAUUCACUCGAUCAUUCAGUCCUUUAUUCAUUCAUUCAGUCAGUCAUUCAGUUAUUCCGUCUGUCAGUAAUACAUUCAAUUAGUCAGUCAGCCAUUCAGUCAGUCAGUCAGCCUAUAUGUCAUUCAAUUAACUACUCACUCAGUCCUCUUUUCAGUCAGUUAGUCAGUCAGACCUUCAUUCAGUCAGUUAGUCAGUUAGUUAGUUAGUCAGUCUCGCCAUGUUGAUUCUUGUAACACUGUCGAUCUCUUUUAUACUUUGAAGAAUUUCAGGAUUUUCA